GCGAGGUCAGGCCAGCGUCACGUGACGUGGGAGCGGGAGCGAGGCACAUGUCUGGUCCGCCAUUGUUCUGUGAUCCACUCCCUUCGUAACACUUCCCCUUUCCCAGGAUUUUCCGACGCUCCAACGCCGCUAGCCCACCGCAGGACACUUCUUUACAGACUAGAGACUUUUUCUGUUGGGAAACUUGGAGGAUUCAGGGGGAUUUAGACGGCGUUUUCGUACGAUGUCUGCCAGCGUCGAUCAGAGGCCCAAAUCACAAGGAAAUAAAGUUGCACAGAAUGGACCCGUGAAUCCGAAGGAGAGUGGCAAAGGCGAGGAAUUCGAGCCUUACCUUCACAACAACCAAACUGGACAGGCCUACGCAGGAUCCACGCCGAUGGCUCACGGCACCUCGAUGUCGGACCCGUACAUGCCCAGCUACUACCCCUCCAUGUCCUUCCCGUACCUCAGCAGUACGGAGUGGUCCACGGGAGACCCCAUGUCCUUCGGCUGGCCCAACGGUGGAGACCAGCAGCACUACGGACAGGACGCCAUGUUCCCGCCGACUGGGAAUGCCCUGGGGAGCACGCCGCCGUACUUUAACCAGACUGGGUUCAGCUUCUUUCCCCAACCGGUUGGUGGGACGGACUGGGGCAGCUCCGGGUGGCCCCAGGGAUCGGGACAGAACCAAAGUGCCAGCGGGGGUGGCAGCCAGGCCCAGACUGCGUAUGACUAUUACCAACCCCCCGUGUCCAGUUACAAUGGACCCAACCCCUACCAGAGUAACGGACCAACGGACGUACCAACUAACAAGGCUCCCGGACACGGCAUGAAGUCGGUAGACAAGGCUGACUGGACUUACCUCGGAGGCUCAGACAAGGCACAAUCAGGCUCCGCAGGGAGUCAGAACGGGAAUAAGGCUGGACACGGGGAUGCUACGGCCGCUAGCUCGGCCGCCAAGACCAACGGGACGUCAGCUACCACCACCACGGCGCCGUCUAAACCGGUCUCGUGGGCCUCCAUCGCGAGCAAGCCCGCCAUCCCGCAGCCGAAAGCGAAACCUAAGACUGCGGGCGGGACGUCCGGGGCGGUCAUGCCGCCUCCGCCCAUCAAACACAACAUGGACAUUGGAACCUGGGACGGCAAAAAUGUUCCAAAGAAGCCCCCACCCCCUCAGCAGGCACCCCCGCCCCCUCCGGAGAGGAAGCACCGGGGCAACCACCAAUAG